AUGCGAGCAGAAGAAAAACACAGCUCACAUAUCGACAAUAAGGAAUCUCAAGAAAUGGAUCCAGCUGAUCCACUUAACAUGAAUUCUGAAGAAAAGGCAAUUGAGAAUUCCAACCUUACAAAUGAAGGCGACGAAGAACUCCCUGAGACAGCAUCAAAAGACCAACUGGAAGAAAAAUUGUCCCCUGAUAUUGAAGCUGAUGAGUCACCCAAGGAGGAUGUAGAUCUAACUAUGGUUUUUGAGGAUUUAUCCAAAAAGGAAACAGAUCUUAAAAUGAUACCUGGUGUCCGAACAGAGGUUGAAGGUGAAGACACUGGCUCUCAACCAACACCAAAGUCUUGUGAUACCUCAGAGGAUGAAAUCAAACAGGAAACUGCAGAUAAGGAUCAAGAGUUACCCCAAAAGGAAGAUUCUUCAUCAAAGAGACUCGAUACUCAAGCUGAUACCGUAUCUAGCGAUUCCAAGGAGCUACCAAAGAAUUCUGAAGAAUGUAUUGGCAAUAUUUCUGUGACAACACAGGAUAGCAAAGUUGAAGAAUUACCACCUUCAAAAGAGGAUCAAGCUGGGAAUGACUCAAAAGGAAUUCCUGAAGAAGUCAGAAUAGGAAGAGAUAGUAAUGAUGAAGAAAAAGCCAAAGCUUCCAAAGAUCCACUAAAUCCUGAAUCCCAAAGAACCUCUGACUAUACUGACCCCAAUGUUCAAGCUAAAAAUGGUGAUUUAAAUGAUCAUCAAUCCAAAAGUAUCACUGAAAGUAAAAACUUUGAUGUGAAAGAAAUAGAAAGUGGCUCUAGAGAAUCCUUGACAGAUACCAAGAAAGUGGUGAAACCCAGACAAUCCAUAUCUGUGACUGAUACACGCUUUGUACGAAGCGUUGCUCACAGUAUCAAGCUUCUGAAUUCCAACAAGUCUGCUUUACUGAAGAUUGUGGAUUAUUCAGAGUCUGAUAGUGAAAUAGACAGUGAGGCAAUGGACAGUCGUCAGAUGGUUUUCGACUCCAACGCAGAUCAGCAAUCCACAGAUCCAGUAAUAGAGGCUUCAACUGACGAACCUAGCUCUGGAUCCACAGUAACAUCCAGUAAUGAUGCUGUUGCUGAUCCUACAUCCUCAAAAUCAGUUGAUGAAUAUGUUGAAGAAGAUGCUCCUAAAGAAGAAUCCAAGACAGUUACAGAGUCAGAGAAGAAACCCAGAGAAGCUCAUUUCAAGAGUGGUGAACUCCUGACUUCCAUUGCCUCAAAAGACUUUUCUUCCAAAGAUUUACCAAUGAGCGUUGCUGAUAACUUGAGCAAGAUGCCUAAAAUUGGUUCGACAGUCAUUACAAAAAGUGGCAACAAACAUAAGAUUUUGGACGUGAAGAUCACACAGCCGGAAAAACCAACAGAAGAAGAGAUACCCGAAGCUGGUAAAAGAUCUGGGCUGAUACAGUCACUCCGCGAACAAAUUACAGUUGAACCUUUCAAAUGGGACGAGGAAGACGAGGAUUCCCAGAAGAAGGAGAAGAAUGAACGAUCGCGGCAAGCUGUCCGAAAUCAAUCAGGGAAUGUGACCCCUUUUACUUGGGAUGUGUCCGAAAGCGAGCAAUCUUCAGGUGGAGAAUCUCCUACAAAACAGGCUCAAGCUGUUCGAGAAGAUGCGGAUUCUAAGAAAGAAAUAUCAACCACAAAUUUGACAAAAGAAACAGAGAAGAAAGCUCUUGAAGUAACUGCUCUAAAAGAUAUAAGACGUCCACAAAACAGUUACAAGCUAGAUCAUCAACAAAAUAGUUCCAAAAUUGAGUCAAAAGAUCCAAAGCCUCAAAAUUCUGCACUGAAAGAUGGUCACAUCAAAAGGUCGGGAAGUAUUUCCAAAAUUGACACAAAAGAUCCAAAAGAAGAAUUCCAUGCAAAGGCAGGCCGUAUUGACAUCAUACAAUUGAAAGGACAAACAAGGAACAAAGAAGACCCAGUUCCAAAACCCACAGCGAACAGUUUCAAAACGGAUUCAAAACAACAGCAUAAUAACUCUCUAACAGAAGACCAUUCCCGGAAAGAUAGUGUUAAAACCAAAUCAUCCACAACAGAACUUAAACGAAAAAAAUCGGUAGAUGCAGAUGAUUGUUCCAAGCAGAAAUCUUCAGAGUCUUCCACGAGACCUGUAUCUUCAGCUUCUAGCGCUCCAAACAAAUCCUCGGAACCCGCACAGUCUUCGUCUUCUACAAACUCUCUAAGCAAAUCUUUGGAGUCAACACAGUCCACGAGGCAAUCAUCUUCUGUGAACUCACAGAGUAAACCUUCAGAUUCUAUACAGUCCACGAGGCAUUCUUCGUCUGUCAACACUCCAGGAAGAUCUGUACGAGGGAAAGAACCGUCUAAAAGUAACUUUAAUGAUGAUACAGGUAAAUGUUCAACAAGAUCAUCUACUAAACCGUUUGUACGAACCAGCGAGCGACAGAGACUUCGUCAACUUUCCCCCAACAAGUUCACUAGAUACAGCCCGUCCAAAAGUCUAUCACCCUUAAAGAAAUCUCUAAAUCAUUUGAGAUAUCGUGACAAAAAUGGCAAAAAUAUCAGAAAAUCUCCAAUACGAAUUAGUCAUCAUUUGGAAAAAAAUUCGAGGAGAAACUCUGAGAAAAGUGAGGAGGACCGUAAUCCAAAAUCUGCGACAAAUAACGAUAAGCCCAAUAAAGAUUUAUUUCUUGUGUCUUCGUCGCAUCGUGAUAGUGAUAAACAUACGCGAACACUCAAAAGAGAAAAUUCCGACUACGACUUGCAUAAUAAUGAGAAAAAACUAAAAAGUGCCGUGGAAACAUCCUCGACUAGUAGCGAAACGAGCAAUUCAGACAAUCCUAGUCCGGUACGGAGAAGUAAGCGGCGUUUAGAACGAUUGCAUCGGAAACUGUGCUGCGAUGAAGACCAUGAAGGGGACAAAAAACGUAAAUUGGAUGACGCUACGAACUGUAGACAUGGUCCGACCUCGACUUGUAGUUCUUGUGUAGGGAAAAAAGUUGACACCCCUUUACCGGCUGUGGUGCGUCGGUCAUCAAACUAUCGACGCCAUUCUUACCAUCAUAAUAAUAUUCAGGAAAUCAAAAAGGUGAAGCAUUCUUCCACACCUCCAACGCGAAAUGUGACAAUGGUGCGUGUGGAAUGCGAUAGUCCGAUCAAGGAUCCUCGCGGACAUCAACGGUCGUUAAGUGAUCGGGACCGGAAACAAUCGGACCAGGAUAAUAAAUGGAAGUUCCGACCACGAAAUAAGAACAAGAAGUAUCCAUACACAUACACUCGUGCUCGUGAAAAGGAGUGA